AUCUACAACUAAAAAAAUAUUAAAAAAAAACCAAAGAAGAAUUACCUAGAAUGGGAAGUUAGGGACAUUCCUUUGGCCAAUUGAAACAGAUGUCAAGUUGGAAUCUGAAGGGUGACUAGGAAGAAACUGAUGUGGCAAAAGAGGUGGGGAUAGUGUGCUACACGAGGUGGCAUUACUGUGGGGCUUUCAGGCUGCAGAAGGCAAGGAACUGAAAGAAUCUCAGCCUCAAGGGGUAUGUGUGGAUGCACAUGCCCCAGAAAAAGGUGGAAAGUGGGCAGGAAGCCAGAGGGUUGCAGGCUUGUGUUAUCCAGGGUCCCAUCCAAUUUGCCUUAAAGAGGAAUCAUGCUGUGUUGUGAGCGGGGAGACCCAGUGGAGGGUGGUCCCUGUAGUCCUGAGACUGAGGUGGGAGUGGUAGAGAUGAGCCCUUUGCAGUGCCUGGUAGCAGGUGGCCUAGAACUUGGUGGUCCAUUUAAUGAAAGCGGCCCCAGGUUCCUGGCCACCUGCCUCCUCCCUGUGGAACAGGACUGUGGCUGAGAUGCUAUUUGAGGGCAAUGAAAGAACCCAUGUAUGUAGGGACACGUGACUAAACCAGGGUAACGCCACGUGAAUUUGGGCUGACAGACACAGAAAGUACCUUUUUCUUUGGGUUCAGUGACAACUCCUCAGCCACAGCUCCCACGGGGGAACAAGGCAGGCAAGAAAGAAGAGGGGGCACACCUGGAACCUGGGUUUUAUUAACUGGAGCUAAUCCAUGGACCAUUCUAUGCAAGAAAGGGCAAAAGGGUAGGAUUACAACAAACAGGUGGGCGGCAUUCAACACCAUCUGUGACACCCACUCCCAGAGCUGCACCUUUCUUCUCCAGUUGCACUGCAGGGUGCAGUACCAGUCCAGUACCUCUGGGCACAGCUCCUGUUCAGGGCGGCCUCCGCCACAUGUACACAGUGCAGCUCUGUGCCCAGUGCUCAGGGACAGGAGCAGCCUUCCACGCUCCUCUCUCCAGUCCUUUUGGUUUCAGUCACAGAAUCAAUCUGAGGUCCAGUUCUGGAAAGUUCAAGCCCUUUCCUUCCUGUUCAACUUGAGCCUUCACACCACUGUUGACACGUGCUUUGGAAAAGCCUUCCACGUGUAUAGUCCUCGGUCCAGCACUGGGAAUGCCAGAAGAAAACCUGUCUACCUGGAACCUUUCCAGGGUGACCUCUGCCUCUUUUCUCUCCUCUUCCCGUCCUCCAUUGUCUUUCUGACUGACAGGCCAAAAGAAUGUUUGAAGGCGAGAUGUCAAGUUUAACUGCCAUUCUGAAAACGGACACCGUGAAAGUGCCCAAGCCCAUCAAGGUGCUGGGUGCCCCUGGUGGUGGGAGCAUGCUGGUGAUGGAGCAUCUGGACAUGCGGUAUUUAAGCAGUCAUGCUGCAAAGCUUGGAGCCCAGCUCGCAGAUUUACACCUUGAUAACAAGAGACUUGGGGAGACGUUCCUGAAGGAGGCUGGCACAGUGGGGAAAGGAGGUGGGCAGGCGGAACGGCCCUUCGUGGGCAAGUUUGGGUUUGAUGUGGUGACCUGCUGUGGAUACCUUCCCCAGGUGAAUGACUGGCAGGAGGACUGGGUCAUGUUCUAUGCCCAGCAGCGCAUUCAGCCUCAGAUGGACAUGGUGGAGAAGAAGUCUGGGGACCGGGAGGCACUUGAGCUCUGGUCUGCUCUGCAGCUGAAGAUCCCUGACCUGUUCCGCAACCUGGAGAUUGUCCCUGCCUUGCUCCACGGAGACCUCUGGGGAGGGAACGUAGCAGAAGACUCCUCUGGGCCCAUUAUUUUCGACCCAGCUUCUUUCUAUGGCCACUCCGAGUAUGAGCUGGCGAUAGCCGGCAUGUUUGGGGGCUUCAGUGGCUCCUUUUACUCUGCCUACCACAGCAAGAUCCCCAAGGUCCCUGGAUUUGAGCAGCGCCUGCAGUUGUACCAGCUCUUCCACUACCUGAACCACUGGAACCAUUUUGGAUCAGGGUACAGAGGGUCCUCCCUGAACAUCAUGCGGAAUCUGGCCAAGUGAGCUGGCUUUCCUUCGGAGGAGCCAUGUCUUUCUCCACGGCCACUUACUCGCGCAACUUCCUGUUUUCCGUGCGGCCUGUGUCCAAGCCUUGAAUAGGACGUGAUGUCAGGAAAGGUGUGCCCUCAAGCUGUACGUGGCCAGACAUCGUGACUGAUGAGGCCACGCGGCAACCGGCACAGGGACCUCUGAGGCUGAGGGCCCUGGGCCAAUGGCAGGGAACCGUGCGAGACCGUGUGAGCAGGCAGGGACAGAACCAGUGUGUCCACCCACCUGCUUCCCUGUCCAGGAACACCUCUGAGCUGAUGGUGCUUCGUGAUGGGUAAGACCUGAGUCCAGACACGAAGCCAGCUUCCUAGAACCUUAUAGGGGCCAUUAAUUCCCAAAUCAAGCACAUUUCCUUUUCUUUAUGCGUUUCCUCUGGACCUAACUGCAGGCUGAGCAGGUCUGGGAACUAGUUCUGGGAGGGCCCAAGUUGCCAGCCAUAGGGUGAAACGGGUAAAUUUAGGAGUCAUGAACCCCUCCCUCCUGUUAUUACCCAUCUAUGUCAUUUUCUACAGUCUUGCCAAGUUGUCAUUCUUUGCUAAACUUAUAAAAUGAGCAUUGAACUAAUAUUUCAGUAUCAUAGUGAUGAAGUAUUUCAUGAAUGUCAUGGACACUAACAGACCCUUUGCCUGAAAGUCUAAAUAAACUCCAGUGGUCUCACUGGUUCAUGAGACUACAUACUUGCCACUGUUGUGGUU